CAUUAUACUAUUUUUACGCUUGGCAACUCAUCUCUCCCUCGAUUCUCGUUAACUACUAUUACGAAAAAUAGUCAAAAAGGCUGCUUUGAUGCUUUUCCCAUCUCAUCUUUUUCAAGUCAAAUCUCUCAACUAAAUCACAAACACCCCCCCGGUCUCUCUCUCUCUUCUUCGGCAACUCCCUUUUCCUUCUUUCCAUUUCCAUCUCCCUUUCCAUGUAUUGUAGGCUAUAGCAGUUACCUUUCCUUCCUCAAAUGUCCCUUCUUCUUUUCUUCAUUGUCUUCACUUUUUCCCCACUAUGUUUUGCUCAAAGCAAUACCCAACAACAACCAUGUCCUUUAAACUUCACUAUCCUCCGUCCCAUCCUCCCUAACCCCAGGCCUCGUCUCAACACCUCCAUGGAAUGCCACUAUGUUCGUCAGGGUCUCCGCCUUGUCCUUUCCGACUACCUCAAACGCACCGAUUCCUUCUACCCUCCUUUAAACACCGCCGAGUCCUGUUGGCAAUCUUACCAAUCCCUCGACCCCACCUUCGACAUGCGUUCCAGUUGUGGUUUCCAGACCGAUUGGAUCUCUCAAGGUUGCUUGAACUUAACCACCAGGGCUGAUUUUGAAGCUUUGAUCCCCAACGCCACCUUAUCCGAUGUCGUUUCGAAUUGUAACCAGUCGUUGCAGGGCUCGGCUUGUGCUUCUUGUACUCGAAGCUUGGCCAAUGUGCAAGCUUCGUACUUGAUCGACAAUUCAGUAGCAAACGUCUCCGACUGCACCGCUUACCCGUCUAUUUACGCAGCUGCUUUCGCUAAUUACGCUGGACCAACCGAUGAAGCCACCGCCUCUUGUUUAUUCUCGGUUGAUUUUAGCACCAUUAACAAUCGUAAAAGUAACAGACUUGGUCUGAUUUUGGGUGUUAGCGUUGGUGUUAGCGUUGGUUUAACUGUUUUGAUUGGUGGGUCUUGGUUUGCUUAUAGAAAAUACCAGGAUUCAAAGAGAAAGAAAGGGAAAGACAGAAUCAGGAGCCUCGAGAUGGGUGGUGCUGGUGGUUCUGGUUUGUCUUCCAUCACUGAAAGUACUAAUUUGCUUCGCUUUACCUUCGAUGACAUCAAGGAAGCCACUAGGAAUUUCUCGAGAGACAACAUUAUUGGCAAAGGAGGGUAUGGUAAUGUGUACAAAGGUUACUUACCUGAUGGCUCUGAGGUUGCUUUCAAAAGGUUCAAGAACUGUUCUGCCGCUGGUGAUGCCAAUUUCACACAUGAAGUUGAGGUAAUCGCCAGUGUUAGGCAUGUGAACCUUGUUGCUUUGAGGGGAUAUUGUACAACCACCACCACGUUAGAGGGUCACCAAAGGAUAAUCGUUUGUGAUUUAAUGAAGAACGGUAGCUUGUAUGAUCAUCUGUUUGGUUCCAUGGAAAGGAAACUCAGUUGGCCAAUGCGUCAAAAGAUAGCACUAGGAACAGCUAGGGGAUUGGCUUAUUUACAUUACGGAGCACAGCCAGCAAUCAUUCAUAGGGAUAUCAAAGCGAGUAACAUACUUUUGGAUGAUAAGUUUGAGGCCAAGGUAGCUGAUUUUGGACUAGCAAAGUUCACACCAGAAGGAAUGACACAUUUGAGCACCAGAGUAGCUGGAACAAUGGGGUAUGUUGCCCCUGAAUAUGCAUUGUAUGGUCAAUUGACCGAGAGAAGCGAUGUGUAUAGCUUCGGCGUAGUGCUUCUCGAGUUGUUGAGUGGAAAAAAGGCACUCACGAUGACUGAUGAUAACCAGCCUUCUCUAGUGGCUGAUUGGGCAUGGUCAUUGGUUAAGUCUGAGAGAGCUUUGGAUGUUAUUGAAGACGGCAUGCCGGAGUUAGGGCCACCGGAGGUUCUUGAGAAGUACGUGCUGGUCGCGGUCCUUUGCUCGCAUCCAGAGUUACAAUGCCGGCCAACCAUGGAUCAAGUAGUAAAAAUGUUGGAAACUGAUGUUUCAGUUCCCUCAAUCCCUGAACGACCGAUUCCUCUGGUGGCUCAUAUCGAUGACAUUGAGAGAUCGAUAAGCAGUAAUGGCUCGGGUCAUCUCUCUGGUUUGGCUGGCUAUCAAAUAUUUACUUGUGAAAGCAGUCAUCAUUCAGGUAGUAAGGAGGAAGGGACAAGUUUAGGCGCUAUUGAAUAGAGAAAGCUUCCCUGAUUGGUAUGCUCACCUUGAUUUUGAAUGGUUUAGAUUUUGUGCUUCACCAGUUUUAGAAUUGCAUAUGAUGUUGUAAAGAUUCAUUAAUAGUUUCACGGUCACGUUAGGUUCAUUUGAAUUCAAAUGAUAUAUAGGGCACAUAAGUGCUUGCCACAUUUGUAUGUACAGCAACUUCCUCUAGAACAUCAAAUUGAUUUGUUCACCAAAUGAUGCUUCAUUGUUUUUUCAUUUUCUGGAAAUUCCUGUAUAUACAUGUAUGUCAUGUUUUUGCCAACUUGUGGCAUGGAGUUUUGGUCUUAUGAAGAAAGAAUUUGAUUGUUAUGUACUGCAAGAAUUUGAUUUGUA